UGUCAUGAAUCUUUGUGUGCGAUUUCUCACCAUACACAAAAAUAUACGUAUACACACCAAUAUGAAAUCAGAAAGAUUUGUGGCGAUUUUCAUUCGAGAAAAAGAGACCGUUUACAUAAAUAUUCUGUGAGUAUAGUCUUUCAGCAAAUCAGCGAUCGCUCCAUGAUGUUUAUCCAUCUUGCAAUUGUUUCUGCCCUCGCUGUGACGACAUGUGCAAGUACAUGUAUAUUGCCGGAGAUAACAUGUGAAACAGCAUGGGAGCAAAUGCCAGACAAGUUGUACCAGGUAUUUGGCGUCAAUGAUCCGUUUAACGAAGUAACGUCAUGUCGAACUAUGACGAAGAUACAAUCUAUAUUCAACACACAGCAGAUGAAAAUAAAUUUUACGAGUUACUCUGAGAAGUUUGGUCAGGGCCCUUUCAAAGGCAUUUAUCAAAAGAAAGACACGGGCACCUACAAAUUAAUCCUAUCGGAAGAAGCUCGCGAAGACGUAAUUCUUCAUGGCAAAUUCGUUGCUGAAGUUAAGAAAACAGAGAACGCCGAGGAUCCUGUUAAAGAAUUCGAUUCAUUCCUGGAUAACGAUCAAGUCUUCUACUCAUGCGAUGGAAAGGUGCUCAUUCAUGUUUGGUGCAAUGAAAACGGUAAGGACAUGACAACUUGAAUGUUCAUAACAGUAUUCAAACAAUCGUUGACUAACUUAAGCAGACAAUGAUCGUGUUCAAAAUUUUCAUUCAGUGAUUUCAUCUUGUUCAUUAUGCAUUUAACUUGAAUAUGCCGAAACAGAAAAAUGAUUUUAUUUGCAUAUUGAUAGGAAGAGGGAUUAGAGUGUUUAAAGGGAGUUCAAAAUCGACUGCCGAAGAUGCACUAUAUGUCCACAAUACUUUCGCGAAGUGGAAGAAUGGAUGGGAAAAUAUAAAGCUUCACCCUUCUACAUGCUCGCCUCAGCAUGCCAGUAUAUUUUAAAGACUACAAGUAAUAUUAUUAAUUCAACUUCAUGAAACGCCCAUGUUUUUUAUUCACACAAAAGAAUAUAUUAAUAGUGAAGAAUUUAUGCAUUUAAUAAGCAGUUAUUGUUUUAGAUCUUUAUAUACAGGUAUAAGAACAAUACAUUUAUCCAUCAUAAAGUGAAUGUUUUAUCUGGAUACUGAGUUAUAUAUAUUUUAUGAGAUGCUAAAUUAAGAUUGAAACAUAUCCUGUUCAGCUACAUAAAAAGUUAAAUCCCUACGAUGACUCCAAUGGUUCACAUACAGCAUAAGUAAUUUCAAACUUUACCGUUUUUGCAGCAAAUAUCGUAAAUGGCUAAAAUCGU